CAAUUCCUCUCCCAAUCAAUUUCAUAAUUUUUUUCUGAUCAAUAUUUUUUCUUUCAGGACAACAGGAGGCUUCAGACCAGUUAUGGAUGGUGGUUCAGGCACAAGAAAUACACCACCGUUAUUUUUCUCACCACAUCUUGCCUCACAUCUCUCUUCACAGUUUUCACCGCCAUUGUUCCCCACACUCAAAGGAUUCCCAGGCCUCUGCUCUUGUUGUCCUAUAAAACCAAUGAGUGCUCUAGGAUCGUCGUUGUUGCCAACUUCGGAGGCAUCUGAAAUAUCACCAGGAGGCGACCACAGAUCGUCCAGCGUAGCGGAGCUGAGACGGAAAGCACAGGAACAUUCCGCAGCUUUGCUGCAGAGCCUACAACACGUAGCGAACUUCCAGCAGGCUGCCGGUUUGGCCGGAGCCGGUUUAAACUUUCCACUUCUUCCGCCGCUCAGUUUUCAAGCGUUGCAGAGGAAGCACGAAGCUGGGGAUGCUAAUGUCGGGCCUAGUACUUCUAAAGAAUCUUCAACGUAAAAUGGAGAAUAUUUCGUGUACAUAAAGAUACUGAGAUGUAUAUAGUAUCAAUAUUUCUCGAAUAGUCCAUGGUAGUGCAUAUAUAAAUAUACUCAUCAGUGGAACAUUACCCAAGGAAAGAUCUACAAAGUUCAUUGGAAAAAAUGUUAAGCCAUAUAAAAAUAACACCAACGGUGUUAUUUUUAUUAGAAGUAAACAUUUAUCACUAUUUAUUUGUCCUCCAGAAUAUGAGUUAUUGUAGCUCUGAAGUUGGUGUAUUCUUGAAUAUUUUAAUCUUAAUCAAAACAUCUUUCUGAAAAUAUUUCAGUUCAAUGGGAUAACAAGAUCUUCUAAAUGAGCAUCGAGUAACUGAACUGAACAUCUUUGUAAACAUAUUUUAUUUCAAUGGGAUUUCAAAUAGGCAUCGAGUAACUGAACUAAAUUUAAUUACGAACUGAAAAAUAUUGCACCAAGAUUCUUCAUCUCAUGUUUUCGAAGAAAUUGAAAUUAAAAUCACAGAAGCAAUGAAUUAUGAGAUUACAUGGUUUGCAAUAUGCUAGUUUAAAAGACAAAACCAUGCUCGUAUAUGAGUAGGUAUCCAAUUCCCAGAUACCACAUCUCCAGUAAAAGAAAGAGAGAUUGCA